AUGAAGGAAUUGCUGUUGAGUAUAUCCGCAAUAGUCGCUCUAUCCAUCAGAGCGGCUCAAUGUACGGUACAAGAUGUGCCCGCAAUCUUCGGGCCCGUACCAAAUGUCGCGACGUUCUCCGGCGUCGAUUCCACCAGCUACCUGAAAAAGCGACCGAGUGACUUCGUCCAUCCCGGGAUCUGGCACACUCACGAUGACCUGGAACUGAUCCGCACCAAGGUUCUGGCUGGUCAGAACCCGUGGGCUUCCGCCUACCAGCAGUUCAGCGCCGACAGUUACUCCCAGGCCAGCUACGAGAUGCAGGGCCCAAAGGAGGUGAUUGCCCGCGGGCAGACGAGCAAUUACACCAGCUUUGCGCACGACGCGCGCGCGGCCUGGCAGAAUGCGCUCAUGUGGUACAUCACCAAGAACGAAUCCCACUGGACGCGCAGCACCACGAUCCUCGACGCGUGGGGGACCAAUCUGACCAACAUCAUCGGGAUUGAUCGCUCCCUCAUGAUCGGUCUGGACGGGGAUUUGUUUGUCAACGCAGCGGAGAUCAUGCGCUGGGAGGGAAAUUGGACCGAGGUCGGAGCCCGGUGGCAAGGGGGCUCGGGCUUCAGCACGCAACUGUACUGGCUGUUUGCGCGCCAGUCCGCGGUGGUCGGCCAGGCCAACUACGGCAUGGUCAGCGUCAAAGCAAUGCUCAGCUUUGCCGUCUAUCUGGACGAUGUGCAGUUGUAUAACUACGCGAUGAAUGCCUUUAUUCAAGACAACUGCGCUGGCAUCUUCGCACAGUACAACGCCGAAACGGGCCAGUCGGUGGAGGCCGGUCGGGAUCAAGGGGACAAUUUGCUGUUAAAGGCCGCGGAGUAUGCCGCCGAAUACAACCUCAACUCGACCGUUACCUAUGACCCGAAAUGGUCACGCUGCGAAGCAGUCCUUGUCAACGGUCCCUGGGAGGCCAUCUCGGCGGAGAACCGCGGCGUCAGCAACAAGAUUCCGAUCUGGGACCUUUUGUAUUACCAAUACGUGGUCAAACAGAAGGAAACUGCACCCUGGACUACCAAGGCCCAGGAUUACGAAGGCUUCGAAGGGGCAGUUUCCAGCAACGAUCAUCCGAGCUGGGGUGGUCUUAUCUGGGCGGCAGAAGCAUGA